ACAAAAUGUGAGCCUUCUGCUAGCUGCUUCGAUUGAGAAAGUGAGGCUCAUUCUUGACGAUAAAUUAUUUGUCAUCUGCGUAGUGAUCAAUAAUAAUUGUAGGAUACAUCUUUGCUUCAUGGAAGAUAUUCUCCCAACAUCACCAGAAUGUUUGGAGCUGGAGACCGGGAUUGACUGGAGCUCUCUUCCUGGAUCCAGCGCCAUCAAAUGUCUCCUGGAAGACUGCGCUCGGCAUUGUUUCCAUGGUAACAGGCAUCUUGCCGAGCAGCAAUCUGAAGAGCUGUUGGAUGUGACUUGGGAGAAGCUGAACACAGGUCAUUGGAAAGAUGUAAAAAUUGGAUGGAGACAUAUAUUCUCAUAUGCCUCUCUAAUCAAGGUGAUAUGUUUCAUCAACAAGAAGCCUCAAACACCAGAAGUCAUACAGGAGGCUCUGUCUGCCUGUGAUCGAGGAUUGUUGAUGGGAGCUCCCAUUAUGAAUGGAAUCCUAACACAACUUGCAUCAUGUCUCCAUGCUGCUGGAGGGGUUGCCAUGGAUACAGACUCCAGGGAGAAAAGAGGAUGCAUAGAAGAAGAUGAUAAUGAUAGAAGCAGUCUCACCCAUCAGGACCAGAAACGAAUGAAAAUUUCCCAUCACCAUGAACCCAUCAUCGAUGAAGACCAUGAGAUACCUAGGGUGAUGACCCCUUCUCUACAUUCAUUCUUGAUUGAUAACAUUGAGAAAGAAUCACCGGUCGUCAUAGAGGGCGCUAUGACCCAUUGGCCUGCUAUGAGUCAUAGACAAUGGAGCCUGUCGUACCUGUGUAAGAUUGCUGGAAAGCGAACAGUACCAAUUGAGCUGGGAUCCAAGUAUACAGACGAUAGUUGGUCACAGUCAUUGAUGACGCUCAACGACUUCAUCGAUCACCAUAUCAUCAUUGAGAAGGAUUCUGAUUUCAGCCCUAGGGUGGGGUACCUAGCUCAGCAUCAACUCUUUGAUCAGAUUCCAGAAUUGAAAGCUGACAUCUGUAUUCCUGAUUACUGCUGCAUGCAUCUAGCAGUACCACCCUCAGUGAAUGAAGGAGAUCAUGGAGGAAAGGAAGGAGAAGAUAGAGGGAAGGAACAAGACAUUCAGAAGACAGUAUCAGGACAAGGGAAAUAUCACAUGGAGAAGGAGAAGAAGGAAGAAGAAGAGGAGACAAAAGAGAAGGAAGAUGCAAAGGAUGGAGAGGGGAAGGAUGAAGAGACAAAAGAAAAGAAAGGAGAGGCAAAAGAAGAGCAGGAGGAGGAAGAAGAAGAGGAGAAUGAAGAGGAUAUUGAUAUCAAUGCUUGGUUCGGACCAGCUGGAACGGUUUCACCUCUCCACUUUGAUCCAAAGCACAAUCUCCUCUGUCAGGUGGUUGGUAAGAAGUAUGUCCGGUUAUACUCCAAGGAUUCUACACCUCUCCUCUAUCCACACGAGGGAUUGUUAUCAAACACCAGCCAGGUGGAUGUUGAGAAUAUUGAUGAGGACGCAUUCCCAUUGUUCCGUCAAGCUCCCUACCAGGAAUGUAUCCUAUCGUCUGGUGAGAUGCUAUAUAUCCCACCAGGAUGUUGGCAUUAUAUCAGGUCUCUAUCUCUUAGCUUCUCAGUCAGUUACUGGUGGAGAUGAUGUUGGCAUUAUAUCAGGUCUCUAUCUAUUAGCUUCUCAGUCAGUUACUGGUGGAGAUGAUGUUGGCAUUAUAUCAGGUUUCUAUCUAUUAGCUUCUCAGUCAGUUACUGGUGGACAUGACCCUUCUGGGGCGGUAUUGUGAAAAUUGUAAGAUAAAUAUUCUUGUAUCGUAAGAGUAAUAGAAUAAAAUCUGUAUUCUAAAAAUUCUUUAAUCUUUUCAUGUAAAUUUUCUUAUAACUUUCACUGAGCGUGUAUGAUGUCAGAGCUAUAAUGAUGGAUAAAAAAUAACGGUAUAUUUACCCAGGGUAGCCGCUUCAGUUCCGAAAACUGUUCUCCCAGCGAGCCCUGCUAUUAUUAUUCCCCGGCUAAGCUAGGCUACUGAUUCAGGUGCACACAGCUUUUUGAGGAAUUAUUUCCUGCCGGUACCCAUUUAUGUCACUUGGGUUGAGUGCAGCACAGUGUAGAUAAAUUUCUUGCUGAAGGAAAACACGCCACGGCUAGUAUUCAAACCCACGACCCUCUGUAUGAAAGGCGAGUCAGGACCACUAGACCACGACGCGCCCACAUGGCACAUAAAUAUCUCUGUGCACAAGAUAAGAUAUCGAGAUAAAUUUUUGUAUUCUGAAAAUUCUCUUAUCCUUGUGUUCUGUUGAAUUCCUUGCAAAAUACAAGAAAAUUUACAAGAGUAAGGGUCUAUUGUUUCUCAGUCAACAAUAAUAAUUUCUUGUUGCGUCUCGCAAGAACAUUAUGUUUUACAAAAAGGAGACAUUUUGAGAACAUUACAGAGAUGGAUUGGUCCAAUUUUCAGCAAUUAAAGAUUGGUAUUCGAGAUGAUGAAUCUUUUCAGAGAAAAUUUGACUAGGAGAACAGCCACAUGUAUUUUUAUCACUGUAGCGCACAAGUAUAAGCGUCAGGGGCGCAAGGGAUAUUACACCUCUUGCGCUUAAAUAUUUUUCAAAAGAGAUGCUUGUAUUGGUUGACCUAAGCAUAUAAAAAAAAGUUUAAUGAUUGGUUGAUAAUAGAAUAUUGGGCAUUUCAGAGAUAGAAUAGGGGACGUCCUUACAGAGAUAAGACAAAUUUCAGAAUACCGAUUUGUGAGAAUUUUAGCGAGCUGUUAUCUUACUGAGUUACAAGAAUAUUUACAAGAAAAGUUAGGAGAAUUUUUAGAAUACCACCCCUGGAUCUUAUCACAGGGAGUUUAAUGCCAAUAUGCGACAUUCCCUUUUAACAGCAUCAGCUCAAGACCAAGUUAUUAGAGGACAUCACAUGACCAUCUGGGAUUCUUCACAAAGUAGUUAAAGCCAAUAGACCAGCUAAAUGCCUAAACUAUGCAUAUACUUCCUGGAUCGAUCCUUACCCAUGAUGCAUCAUUCUGGUCAUUUACUUAGUCUAAGAUACCAUGCCCAUGAUAAUUUGUGACAAAAAAUGUUGUGUAGACAAGACAAAAUAUUGUUAUGAACACAAA